CUCCGACCACUCUCCCCCCCUCUACCCCCCCACCGUCUCCGAGCUGGCCUCGUACCAUGUAUUCCUCCGUCACGACCUACCCGGGCCCCGUGCGCGCCCCGGCGUCCCCGGGGCGCAGGGUGCUCCUGUGCGCCGUGUUCGCGUCGCUCGCGUACGCGCUGAGCAUUUUGCUCGACACGGGUGCGGUGGAGCGCGCGCCGCUCCCAGCUCUCUGCCUCGACUCGGCCCCGCUGCCCCUCUACAACACCUCCUCGCUCGCCUCAUUCUCAGACACCUUCCACACCCCCGCCCCCCGCCUACCCCCCCGCGUCGUGCUCGAGGCCCUCGGGUGGCUCGUCACCAUCACUGCUAUCUGCGCGCGCGUGUCCCUAUCCCUCGAGGACAAGGACGCCGACGCCAAGCCCUCCCCCCGCCGCACCCGCGUGCGCUUUGCUACUCCUGCAGCUUGAUUGAUUGAUUAGCGUCGCUGGCCGAUGCAUGAUGCGUAUCCUUGACGAA